AUGUUGUUGCCACUCUCCUUCUACGAAACUAACACAGACUCAAUGGCAGGAUUCCUGCUUGAGACCGAGGGAUGUCCCUCUCCUCGAGUCGGCCACGCCGCCCUGACUCUUGGAAACGCCUUCAUUGUCUUUGGCGGAGACACCAAGGUGACCGACACAGACACCCCCGAUGACAACCUCUACCUUCUCAACACCUCCACUCUCAAGUGGACCGUUGCCAAUCCCAAAGGCUCACGACCCGCUGGUCGAUACGGACACUCUCUUUCGACUGUGGGCUCCAAGCUGUUUGUGUUUGGCGGUCAAUUAGAUGACUACUUCUUUGACGAUCUGGUCUGCUUCGAUCUGACCAAGCUGCGAUCUCCCGAGUGCCGAUGGACCACCAUCGAGCCUGCUGACGGUGUUUCUCCCCCUCCUCGAACAAACCAUACGGUUGUCACUUACCAGGACAAGCUGUACAUGUACGGAGGUACCGACGGCCAGCUAUGGUACUCCGACACAUGGUGUUUCGACCCCGUGACCAACCUGUGGACCCAGCUCAAUUGUUCUGGUUUCAUCCCCACUCCCUCCGAGGGCCAUGCUGCUACUGUUGUCAACGACAUCAUGUACGUGUUUGGCGGUCGUUCUUCUAAAGGGGAUGAUCUCGGCGUGCUGUCAGCCCUAAAGCUGUCUUCCAAGCGGUGGUUCACGUUUGAGAACAUGGGCCAGGCUCCUGCUCCCCGGUCGGGUCACUCCAUGACCGCCUACUCUAGCCAUAAGGUGCUGGUGAUGGGUGGGGAGUCGCACGAUCAGGACGACACUCAUGUCUAUGUACUCGACACCAGCAGAAUCAAGUACCCUCCCAAGGCCUCUGCCGGUGAUGUGGGCGACACUUCUGUCCAGAGCAUUUCUUCUCUGAGCAGUCAGAAUGCUCCUCAACCUGGAAUCCAACCUGGUCAGUCCGGUCUCCAGUCUGGACGUCAAUCUCCGGCCAUGCAGUCCCAGUCCUAUAGCCAGACUGGCCCUCACCCCCCAGCCCCUGGAGCUAUACCUCUUCCUGGAAUGGUGGGUGCCGGCGCUAUGGACCGAUCUUUCGAUCGGUCUUCUGCCUCGGCUGGUUCGGCUACCUCGCCUAACAUGGACCGAUCCAUUGGUUCCAACGAUGCCCGUGCUGACAGAUCUAUCGGUUCAAUCGACGACGAGAAGUACGAUCGGGGAUACAUGCAACCCGGGCAGGUUGACGACACUCCCGCCGGACCUAGUCCCGAGACCCACGGACACGGUGUGGCUGCUGGUGUUGCCGGUGCUGCUGCUGGUGUGGCUGGUGCUGCUGCUGGUGUGGCUGGCGCCAACCAUCUGUCCCACCGAACAUCCAACCUCGGCUCUAACUCGGAGGAGUUUGAGUCUGCCGACGAUGGCCGACCUAUCUCUUCUGAGGCCGAGGCUGAUGCUGAAGAUGUGUACGGAUCUCCCUCAGGAAAGAUUCCUGCUGCUUGGCCCCAGGAGGUGAAGCAAGAGGAGGAGGAGCCCUUCCAGCACAAGGACAGCUCUUUCCACGACGCUUCAACCCCUCGAGACGAGCGGGAGCACCCUGAGUAUGGUCAAGAGGCUGGAAAAGCUGCUGUUGGCCCCGACGCUGGUUACAGCGACGCUUCUGAGACUGUCGGCUACUCUUCCGCUGCUCCCAACUCAGCAGGUGCCACCGCUCCCACGGAUUCAACUCCUACCGGCUACGACGACUCGGACUACUCGCAGCACACGACUCCCCAGCACUCUGCUGUGGCUUCUCCCGUGAACUACACCUCUCGUGAUGUGGACUCUUCCCACAGUAUCACUCCUGGUGUGGCUGCAGCAUCUGCAGGUGUUGCUGGUGUCACAGCUGGUGUUGCUGGAAUGAACAUCCAUCAGAAGGCAAACAACGUCAAGAUUGAGCCCAGCGAGCACGAGCGGGGUCUUGACUCUGCGCUUGAGAGCAACCCCGAUACAACCAUCGACUCUGAGGGCGACGUGCAGGACGUGAUUGAGCAGCUCAAGGCCACCAACUCGUGGUAUGAGUCUGAACUGACUGUCGCCAAACAGUCUGGAUACACUCCUUCCAAGAACCCCGUGGGCGACAUUGAAAAGGUGCGUCGACGGUCUCUUCGAUACUCUCGUGACCAGGGCGCCUCUCUGUCAGAGCGUGACAUUCUGGUCCAGGCUCUUGUUGAGGUGAAGCAGGAGCUCCAGAACGUGAAGAACGAUGUGGCUCGACAGAGCGAGGAGGCCUCUCAGAAGCUGAAGGCCCUCAACGACGAGAACCAGGAGCUGCGGGCCCAUAUUGAGUCUGGAGGGGAUGGUGAGAGCGGAAGCCGGGCUCUCGGUGCUGGAGCUGCCGGUGCCGGUGUCGGUGCUCUUGCUGGUGCUGGUGUUGGAGCUGCUACUUCUGGUGGCGAUCCAGAGCUCGCUGCCAAGCACGCCGAGCUGCAGAAGAAGUACAAUCUUCUUGUUGGGGGAGGCGCUCCCUCUGCUGACAGCACUCGUGACCUUGCAGAUGGAGCUUCUGCUCCUUCUGGAAACGUCCAUCAGCUACUCAAGCAGGAACAGAACAAGAACGCUUCUUUGGAGUACGAGCUCGAGACACUCAAAGAUGAGCUGGCGACCACCCAGGCCAAGUGGAAGGAUGUUGGAGGCACUGCCAACGACCAUGUCACUGCUCUGCAAGCUGCCGGUGCUGCUCUGGCUGCUUCCCAGUCCCAGCACGCUCUUCUUCAGCGAGAUCUCGACACACACAAGACUGCCCGAUCUGCUGCUGAUGAGGAGGUUCUGCAGCUGAAGCGACAGCUUGAGGACGCCGAGCGACGGCUGGCUCAGGCCGAGGAGGCGCUCGAGAAGGAGCAGCAGCUUGGCGCUCAUGCCCGUGAGCAGAACGAGCACUCCACCCAGGCCAUGACUGGUGGAAUCGACAAGAUUCUCGCCAUGUGGACUGGCUCUGCUCUGAUUGGUGGCGCUGCCGGAUACGCUGGUGGUGCUCUCACCAACGGCUCUCGAGGUAUUGAUGGCGCCGAAGGCGAUGAUGGUGAGACCCCUGCUGCUCCUUCUGGUCUCAACUCGCAUCCCCAGUUUGUUGCCCUGCAGAAGCAGGUGGACGGCGCCAACAAACUGCACCUGAUGCACAAGGAGGCCGCUGAGCAGGCCACCGCUGAUCUUUCUGUCGCCCAGACCCAGGUCGAGGAGCUCAAGUCCACUCUGCUCAAGUCUGAGCAGCAGAACCACGAGCUGAUCCAGGAGCUGGAGGAGCUCAAGGGCCAUGUUACCGAGCACCGACGCCAGCUCGAGGACCACGAGCAGACCCGGUCCAUGUCGCAGAACCAAGCCCUUCGUCUGAAGGAGCUGGAAGCCGAGCUGGCUGCCACUCUUGCUACCCAUCGAACCGAGCUUGACAACAUUGAAUCCACCCACCGAAACAAGCUCGGCGAGAUGGAGAAGGCUAAGAAGGACUCGCUGACGUACAUGCAGAACUCGGAUCUUGCUCUGCGAAAGACCCGAGAGGAGCUUUCUCGAUCCAAGGAGCAAAUCUCCCAGCUGCAGGACGAGCUCUCCGAGCUGCAGAUUCGAGGCAAGGGCGGAGCUCCUCGAGGUCAUGACUACGACGACGACGAUGAUGAUGACGACGAAAAGUUUGGCAGCCAUCAGCUCGAGUUGCAGCUGCGAGACACCCGAGCCACUCUGGUUGUGGUUGAGCAGGAGCGAGACGAGCUGCGACUUGCCAAUGCCGAUUUGCGAAAGAAAGCCAUCACCAACGUUCAGGACGUGGAGAAGUACAAGCGGCGGUACCAGCGUCUGAAGCAGCGAGGCGGCGAGGAUAGCUUUGGAGAGUCUGAAUUUGACCAGACCCACACCAGUGGUUUUGAGUCGCCGAGAUAG